AUGUCGUGGCGGGGCGGCUCGCCGGAGCUCGAGGAAGGCGCGACGGGAGGCAGCGGGGUCGGCGACGGCGGGGCCGGCGUUGGAGGCGAGCGGACGAUGGGCGGCGGGGUCCGGCAAAGGGGCCGGGCGUCGGAGCGCUCGGGCCUCGGGCUCGCAGGAGGAGGCGACAGCGAACAGUGGAGGCGGACGCGGCGGAGCCGCGGCGGCGCCGGGCUUCGGCGGCGCGGGGCACGGGCUCGCACGGGAUCUGGCGGCGGAAGGAGAUGGGCUCGGGGGGGCCCGACUCGGGCUCGCCGGGCCGUGGUCGGCGGCGGGCGCGCCUUGCCAUGUGGCGGCGUCUGA